AUGCCGCACAAAUUCGAAGACAGCGCUGCCUCCAGUAAAUCUAUCAAGAAAGAUAUGCAGGCUAAAGGACUCGGUCAUCCAACAGCCGUUGACAAUGCACCAACAGGAAAAGACCUCUACCGUUCUGCGCCUGUUUAUCAAGAUGCCCCCGAUGACCCUCCUGAACCAAUGGAGACGUUGAAGAACCCCGGCUCUGCGGGAACGGAUUCUAAAGUCGGAGCAGCAGGAGCAACGGGGACAUUAGAGGUUGUUAGAGAUGCCCCGAUGAGGAAUUUACCUCCGGAGGUCGUGGACAAAUGA